AUGAGUUGGCAACUGAACUUCAGGUCAGGCAGUGAGGGCAACUUCAGUGUGCUUUCUGCCCUGGUGCCAAUGGACACAAUGGGAAGUGUGGCUUCUUGCCAGAAAACUGGCCGCAAGGUUGGAGCCAGCUUCAGCAGCAGGAACCUCUACAGUCUUGAAAUUUUAGGCACAUUUCCUUCAGUGUCAGGAGGCAGUGCUCGGGUCACAGGGCAUAGCCUUGGGUAGGACUCUGGGUAUGGAGGGACUCGAGCCAACGGCUUUGCCAGAAGCAUGUUUGUCAGUGUGGCCCUGGAUCCGUGUCCAUCUGUGUGUCUGCCUGCAGGUAUCCACCAGGUCACUGUCAACAAGAGCCUGUUGGCCCCCCUUAACGUAGAGCUGGACCCUGAGAUCCAGAAGGUGUGGGCACAGUAGCAGGAGCAGAUCAAGGCUCUGAAUGACAAGUUUGUCUCCUUCAUCGACAAGCUGCGCUUCCCGGAGCAGCAGAACCAGGUGCUGGAGACCAAGUGGGAGCUACUGCAGCAGCUGGACCUGAACAACUGCAGGAAGAACCUGGAGACUGUGUACGAGGCCCACAUCAGCAUCCUGCAAAAGCAGCUGGAUACGCUGUCUGGGGACAGGGUGAGGCUGGACUCGGAGCUGAGGAGCACGUGGGAUGCUGUGGAGGACUGCAAGAAGAGGGGGAGACAAAACAUGACAACACAUCCCUAUGUGACAAUCCCUGUGACAGCACUUGGAUUGAUGAUCCGGGAGCUGCAGCUGGCAGCUGGCUGCCAAGGGGACAAUCUGAAGCACAGCAGGAAUGAGGUGUCGGAGCUGAACCAGCUUAUCCAGAGGAUCUGCUGUGAUAUUGCUAACGUGAAGAAGCAGUUCCUCGGGGUGAGCUCACCUUUGGCUGAAGACCCCUCCUGCCCUUCAAGUCGUCUGAUUGUGGCCAUAUCCUGGGGUCCGAAGUCCCUCUAG